AUGCCUAAUGAAAAGACACCACUAACGCUGCGGCUGCGGCGAAGAAGCAAAGAUUGGUACCUAUCUUGCGUUCUCUCAAUUGGUACAUGCCUAGGUUUUCUCCUUUGGUUUGUUUUCACUCAAGAUAGGGGACAGGUUUUGAAACAACCCUUACUUGCCGCCACCCCACAAACGGACACACCAGAACACGAAAUGACUGCCGAAGACAUCCUACCUGUGGGGCUCUCACAAGAAUUUAGUCUAAAGCACAUCUUUCACCACGGAUCCGGGAAGUACAAUCGCGUUCAUCGGCGCUUGGACAUUACGCCAAAGUUUCUUGAACAGUAUAGCGACCAGCUUGAAACGCCACUUACUCCAGAUGAGGUGAAAGAAUCCUCUUUACAUGAUGCUGUUAGUGCUAUGGAUUGGCCAAACUCUAUGCGCGAUGAAAAUCCUUGGACAGUGCUGCUCCAUGUUCGAGAACGAGCAAGGAGGGCCAAAGUGACUCGUCUUGCAGAGAGACAUACACCAAAUUUUCUUGAUUCCUACUUGGAGUAUGCGAGGAGCGUAAAAGGCAAUCCAGCACGUUUGAACGCUAUUGGACUUGAAUGGGAUCCGGAAACCGAUAUCCGUGUUCCAGAUGUGAACGACCGAAACACUUUGGUCUCACUUGCCCUCGUGUCAUCCAACGCGUAUGUGAGGUUGCCUCAAAACGAUGACGAUAAGAAGAAUCUGGAUUGGAUCGAUGUAGGUGAUCCAUGGCUGCCAGAGGAUGAACAUGAUGAUCUCAACUUUGGAUGGCUUGAAAAUGGCUUGCGUGGACAUAUUUUUGUCAGUAACGACCUGAAAACAGUUAUCAUUGGCAUCAAAGGAACCUCCGGAGCGGGCCUUCCUGGAGGAGGAUCGGAUGAAACUAUGGCCAACGAUAAGACAAAUGAUAACUUGUUAUUUCUGUGUUGUUGUGCACGUGUUAGCUAUUUGUGGACCACAGUGUGUGACUGUUACGAGAAGACUUAUACAUGCAAUCAAGAUUGCCUUGAACGUGAGCUUUUGAGACAAGACCGGUAUUACCAGGCUACCUUGGAUUUAUAUCGCAAUGUUACGAAGUUGUAUCCGCCAGAAACAACCGACAUUUGGGUCACAGGCCACUCUCUUGGCGGUGCUUUGGCAUCGCUUCUAGGUCGAACAUACGGUCUUCCUGUGGUAGCAUUUGAAGCUCCGGGAGAAAUGUUGGCUACUAAGAGACUUCAUCUUCCACAGGCGCCAGGAAUUCCUAAACACUUGGAACAUAUCUGGCAUAUUGGAAACACCGCAGACCCAAUCUUCAUGGGAGUAUGCAACGGUGCAUCAUCAUCAUGCUCCAUGGCGGGUUAUGCGAUGGAAACGACAUGUCAUACGGGCCAAAUUUGCGUCUACGAUGUGGUCACAGAUAAAGGCUGGCACGUCAACUUGUUGAAUCAUCGUAUACACACAGUUAUUGACGACAUCAUCUUGGCGUACAAUGAAACUGCACCAUGUGUGGAGCAGCCUCCCUGCCGAGAUUGCUUCAAUUGGCGUUUUACCAGCCAUGAUGAUUCGGAACCUGAUAAACCACUGCUCCCUAACCCGUUGAAACCACGGCCUACCACUUCUUCUACUACAGAGAAAACACAAGCGAAUACUUUAUCUUCGUCGAACAUUGGACAGUCAACAAAGACGCAGACAAGCCUGAAACUGGGAAGUCCACCAAAGCCAACGGAAACAGAAAAACCUCAAAAAUGUUUGAAGCGCACUUGGUAUGGCUGGUGCAGUGAAUGGGGAGAUGACGAAUGA